AUGACGAAUACGAGUGGAUUGAUGACGGGGAUGGAUCUAGUGUUUUCACCACUUCAAGUUGCUUCUCUGGGUACCUUUUGCUUCAUCAUGACAUUCUUCGGGUUGCUAGGAAACGGGACAGUCCUUUACUCCUCGAUAAGAUACAAUGCAAUAAGACUGGAUAGAGUAUCUUUGAUAUUUGUCCAGAACUUGGCUGUUGCUGAUAUGCUGUACACCAUUUGUGUUAUCCUGCCCCAACUCAUUACCUAUAUUGCGGGUAAAUGGGUUCUAGGAAAGGCAUAUUGCAUCGUGAUGGCGCAAGACAUGGAAGCUUCCCUCAAUGAAACUGAAGCAGCAGAUGCUUCCUCGCAGACACUUCCAUUUUCAAUAGCUCAGCUAGUGCCCCUCACUGUAUUCUGUUUCAUCGUGACAUUCUUCGGGUUUCUAGGAAACGGGACAGUCCUUUACUCAUCUGUAAGAUACAAUGCAAUAAGACUGGAUAGAGUUUCACUCAUACUAGUCCAGAACCUGGCUGUUGCUGACAUUAUCUAUACCCUGUGUGUCAUUCUUCCCCAGCUUAUAACUUAUGUUGCUGGACAGUGGGUUCUUGGAAACGUUUACUGCUUCAUUUCUGCACAGAUCAGCUUCAUACCAGGCUCUGCUAAUGCUCUCACUGUCUUGCUCAUCACCAGUUAUAGGCUCUGGUUGGUAACACAUCCUUUCUCUAGUACUUCCAAAAACGAGGCAAGAAUUGCAGUAGCCAUAACAUGGGUCCUUGCAUCAGCUGGUACUAUCAUAUCCCUGUCUUACAAGUCAUCUUCCACCUUCAAUCCACAAAAUGGGAAAUGUAUGUCAGGAGUCUACGAGAAUUUGGCUGCUCAGGCAUUACUUAAGAUUGCACUUGCAGUGAUUGUUAUGAUUCCUCUGCUAGUGAUUACAGUCGAGAAUAUUAUUCUCUGUGUCAUUGCAGUAAAAAGCUCCAGAAGGCACGAGAAUUCAAAGGCAAACUACAAAGCUUUGUUGAUGGUCUGUGCACUUUCUGGACUCUUCAUCAUCAGUUGGGUUCCUUACAUAAUAUUCACUUUGAUAAAAAGCAAGAAUACUGACAUUCCCCAGGCACUGGACUUACUGGCUUUCCACUGCAUCUACAUAAAUUCCUUUGGCAACCCUAUCCUCUACACAUUGACCAACAAGAGGUUUGGACUUUAUGUCAGCAGUCUUCUUUACAACAUGUUCCCUUGUCUAUGUGGAGUGAAGAUGUCUCCUAAAGAUCUGCCAGGAGUGAAUCCAACGAGCAGUACCAAUGCUAGAUCUACAACAGAACCAAGGCCUGGGGAGCAAGUAUUCGAACCUUCUGUACCACAACGCUUAACAGUGAGAGAGUAA